AUGGCCUCUUCGCAUCACUCGAGGAGGCCAAGAGACGCCUCCGGGGCUCAGAUGCCCGUUGGUCGCUACACAAGGCUUGAUGAGAUUGGUCGCGGGAGUUUUGCUACUGUUUACCAGGGGGUGCACACGAAAUCACGCACCUAUGUCGCCAUCAAGUCGGUCGACCUGUCGAAGCUGAACCGGAAGUUGAAGGAGAAUCUCUACUCUGAGAUUCAGAUUCUCAAGGGCCUCUAUCAUCCUCAUAUCGUCGCUCUUAUCGACUGCCAUGAAUCAACAUCUCAUAUUCAUCUAGUUAUGGAAUACUGUGCCCUCGGGGACCUGUCGUUGUUUAUCAAACGGCGGGACACCCUCGGGGAGCAUCGGUAUACACGGGACAUGAUAGCCAAGUACCCCAACCCCCGGGGUGGUGCUCUCAACGAGGUCAUCGUUCGUCAUUUUCUCAAGCAAUUAUCUAGCUCCCUCAAGUUCCUUCGAGACCGGAAUCUUAUCCAUCGUGAUAUCAAGCCGCAGAAUCUGCUUCUCUGUCCAGCUCCUGCAUCCUACCGGGCUGGCGUUGCCCAAGUUGUUCCCUUCAAGGGCAGCGAGGACUCAUUUAAUCCAGAAACUGGUCUUGAGUCAUUGCCCAUGCUCAAGAUUGCAGACUUUGGCUUUGCUCGCUCCCUUCCCGCCACAUCGUUAGCUGAAACCCUCUGUGGUUCCCCAUUGUACAUGGCUCCUGAGAUUCUUCGAUAUGAGAAGUACGAUGCCAAGGCAGAUCUAUGGUCUGUUGGUACUGUGCUCUAUGAGAUGGUGGUCGGGAAACCACCGUUUCGAGCAUCAAACCAUGUGGAACUACUUCGAAAGAUCGAGAAAGGGGAUGAUAGGAUCAAGUUUCCUGAAGAAAAUCCGGCGAGCGACGACGUCAAGAAACUAAUCCGUGGCCUACUCAAGCGGAAUCCAGUGGAGCGUAUGACCUUCAACGACUUCUUCGAGAACAACAUCAUCAAAGGGCCUAUCCCUGGGUUAGUACUCGACGAUACAUCAGAUCGUCGUCGUUCUUCUAUCGAAACCGGUGCUAUGCCACAAGCGCCUCGACCCGAAUCCCGUCCUGGACCUAGUAGCCCAGUUGAACCUAAGCGUGAAAAGGAAGUUACACAACCCGCGACCACGCGAGAGGAACCGUCGGAAAAGCCGAUACCGGUUCAACAGCCACCGACUCCUCGCCAGAAGUCGGCGACACCUCCUGGCGUUACACCGAUGCGGAGAAUGGGAAGUGCUGAUAGGCCUCCAUCCGCUGCCAAAGAGCCACCACGUGCAAAGACCCCUCCGCAACGACCGCCGCCCAUUUCCGCCGCUACCGCUCCGGCCCGUCAGGAACUCGUCGAUCGCAAUGUUCCGACCGGAGCCCAGAAAGUGCCGCAAGGCCAGAAACCUGCAACAGACGGCACGAGGGAAGAGCGGGAGCGUGCUGCACAGGAAGUUGCAUUUGAAAGGGAUUAUGUGGUAGUGGAAAAGCGUGCGGUUGAGGUCAAUGCCUUUGCAGAUGAGUUGGCACAUAGUCCUCGCAUCCAGGGUUAUGCUCGUCCGGGGCAAGGUACUAUGUCUCGUCGUACGACGGCACCAAGUGCGACGACCACAGGAACGUCCGGUCAACCUCCCACCAGCAAGGCCAUGCAGAUAAUUCCGGGGCGGGGACGUGCGGAUUCAGGUCACAGCCGUCAGGGCUCAUAUGAACGGCGGUACGGCCAGAGCCCUACGUCAGCAACAUCGGCCAUCUCGAAGGCACUUAACAUGGCCAGUGGGAGACUGUUUGGGAUGGGCUUCUCCCCGCCAGUGACGACCACAAAAAGUGGACGGUCGCCUCCCCUGGGGUACAAUCCAUUUCCAGCCUACCCUGCUCAAGGUAGUCUAAUUGUUGGAGAUGGUGCCAAAACCAACGCAGCUCUGGAUGAAGAUACUAAGACUGUCCAAGUAAUUGAGGAGUGUGCAACCCGUAGUGAUGUUGUAUAUGGCUUCGCCGAAGUGAAGUACAAACAGCUCAUUCCUUUGGCACCAUCGGCCCAGAUCGAACAACAGGGCAUGAGGCCUAAUGCACCGGACCUUGACCAGGAUAGCUCGGAAUUCGCGGAUACUGGGUUGACCUUUGACGCCACUGUGACUCUUGCGGAGGAAGCGUUGGUACUCUACGUCAAGGCGCUUUCACAAUUGGCCAAAUCCAUGGAUAUCGCCGGUGUCUGGUGGUCACGCAAGAACCGCGACCCAUUUGCUGACAAGUCGAGUGAUCCUACCAGUGGUGCCGUAGGAACUCGAGUCAACAAUGUUGUCCAAUGGGUGCGGGGUCGCUUUAACGAGGUCUUGGAGAAAGCAGAGUUUGUCCGGUUGAAAUUGGUCGAAGGGCAAAAGCGACUGGCCGGCCAGACAAGCAAUCGCUCGAUCGCCUCGUCUGCUGGUUCCGCUGGCUCUGUGGAUGUGAUGGUCAGCUCUGGCGUGACGGCAGAGAAACUGAUGUACGAUCGCGCGUUGGAAAUGAGUCGAGCGGCUGCCAUCAAUGAGCUUACCGGUGAAGAUCUCCCCGGGUGCGAAAUUGCAUACGUCACCGCUAUACGCAUGUUGGAAGCGGUGCUCGAGGAGGAGGGACCAUCAUCGUCGCGAGCAGCUGGUACUCCGAGCGAUGAAAAGAUUAUUCUGGAUGAGAUGCAAGCGGAGGACAGGCAAGUGGUUGUCAAAUUGGUUUCCAGCAUUCGGGGCCGAUUGGCAGCACUUCGCAAGAAGCUUUCUUUGAUGGCGAAGCGAGCACCAACCCCUGUCACUGGCAAGAUGCCUCCUACAUCGAACGUGGCCGUGGCUUCGCCCACCGUGGGCGCAACGCCGCCCAAGUGA